GGAAAAAUGACUAUGAAAAAAUUUUGGAACAUGAUUGCCUCUCAUUUAAAUGAGAAAGGAUAUAAUGUUACAAGCUCUCAAUGCAAAAGUAAGAUGACAGGUCUAAAAAAUACCUAUAAAAGUGUUAAAGACUAUAACGCAAAAAAUGGUAACAGUCAUAGGAUUUGGCAAUAUUUUGAUGUAAUGAACGAAAUGUUUAAUAAAAAGCCAUGGAUGACUCCCAUCCUUAUAUUAGAUAGUAGCAAUCCUACUUCCUCAUUAUCUUCUAAAUGCAGUGCUGAGAAUAAAAUCGUUGAUAAUAAAAAAGAUCCAUCUUCAUAUAAAACUAAAAUAUGUUCUAUACGCUUGGCACUAGAUGCACAUUUCGGGCUGAUUCCGGCGAGCGACCCCCACUACCACUCGAGCCUCAGCGGCCGAGCUGCCGACCGCUCACGUGACGCUCUGGCUCAGGAGCGUCCCUAUAUCUUAAACGUGCUAGGGUCGUAUCUUCCGUCAUUGAAGAAUCUUUCUUGCUAAAUAAUUUUUAU